AUGAUUCUCUUGUUUAUUUUCAUUUUGCUUCCUAGUUUGUUCAUGGCUCAGUUUGAGCUUAUACAACGAUCGGUUAUCCAGAAGAGUACUCGUUGUGGAUGGUAUGAUGCGGCAGCUGUUUUCAAUGAGAUAUUCACUAGAAGAAACUACAAUCGAUUUCUGGCUCCACUCUAUGGACGAAUGCCCGUUGAUUUCAAUAGCAGUAAUGUGGCCCGUUUACAUGUGGACAUGAUUCUUCGCUAUUUAAAGUAUUUUGGCGUUUGUUUCUUCUGCGAGUUUGAAAUGAGCUGGGUCGAUCCAAGAUUAUCGUGGAGCCCAGAGCACUUCAACGACACCAAGUUCAUCUUUGUCACUGCUGAUCUCAUUUGGACACCGGAUAAUCAAAUUGGAAACACAAAAUCACUAGACACUCUUCAUCCGGACUCAAUGAAAACGAUCGUUCUCUCGAGUAACGGAACGAUUCAUAUGUCUAUGGUCUAUUUUGCUGAAGUUGCUUGUGUUGUCGAAAUUUCUCGAUUUCCAUUUGACAAUCAAACUUGCGCGAUUCCAGUCGCUGCGAUGGCUUUGGAUUUGAAUGGUCAGUACUCAUCGAUGAGCGGUAAAAUUCAAAACGUUAAUGUGUUCAAUUUGUUGGGAAAUGGUGAAUGGGAUGUGAGUGGUGUGGCAAUGAUACCCUAUCAAUUUCUGACCGACACUGUUCACACACUGGAAAUGAGGGUGUUUGAAUCGCUCAGCUGCAUUCUCUGCAAGCAACCGUAUGCUCGAGUUGCUAAUCAACGUCGAUCUCCACGUCAGUUGGGCUGUGGAUUGGCCAUGUGUGAUGAGUGUUUCGAGCAAGAGGAGAUGUUGGAACAAGAAGAGAGAAAUCAUCAAUGUGGAAAUAUUUACUGUUUCUACAGCCAAGACCUUGCCUACUUUUUGAUUGAUGUUUUGUCACAAGAAAGCGCUUUGAUGUUUACUCCAAUGGGAUAUUUGCUUGUGAAGCCUUUCAAAAUUCCGGAAUGUCCAAUUUGUCAUGAUGAAUAUUCAAACGAAAUUGAGGCAAAGAAAUCGUUUGCUCUUCAAUGUGGGCAUAUCAUUUGCACGAAAUGCUGUUUGAAGACACAGACAUAUGAUAUGUACACUGCUGUCAACAAACGGAAAGAUCGAUUUCAUGACUUUUUAAAUGAGCUGCCCGAAAUGACUCGACAAAUGGAGACCAUGAUGAAUGUUGCGAGAAAUGUCAAAGAUGAAUGUAGCUGCAACGAAUGCCACAAAAAGAAUAUUGUCGACGAAAUGUUUUAUUGCGGUAAAUGUGUUUUUGAAAUUUGUGCUGUUUGUGCUUACAAGAGACAUCAUCCACAUGGGGCCAUUCCUCUAUUGGAAAAAGAGGCUAACAAAAUGUUGAUGGAAGUUCAACAAGAGUCAAGAAAUGUCAUCAAAACGUACAAGGAUUUGGUUCCUGAACUACACAAGGGACUUCUCGCGGGCAUUGACAUCUUUGAAAUGAAAUUGCUUUCGAAAGAGGAAACUCUCAAGGACGUAUCAACUUUUGCCGAUUUCGGGGAGAAACAUGAAUCAUUCACAAAGAUCAAGUCCAAAUUUGAAUCAUCUGCUGAGAAUUACUUGCGUCAUUUGUGCAAAUUCGAUGCUGAAGUCAAGCAAUUGAUUCAAACCCUUAACGAGAGCCCUGAUGUCUCAGAAAGCCGAAUACAAUUU